UUUUCUGCCCGGGGACGCCACUUCCGCUUCCUUUCCCUCUCCCUCAACCGUGAUGGCGGACGAGGCAACCCGGCGGGUGGUGGCCGAGUUGCCGCUGCUGAAGACCAACGCGGGGCCGCGGGAGCGGGAGCUGUGGGUCCAGCGGCUGAAGGAAGAGUACCAAGCCCUCAUUAAGUAUGUGGAAAACAACAAGAAUGCAGAUAAUGACUGGUUCCGGCUAGAAUCUAACAAGGAGGGUACCAGGUGGUUUGGGAAGUGCUGGCACAUCCACAACCUGCUGAAGUACGAGUUCGCUGUUGAGUUCGAUAUUCCAGUCACGUACCCAUCCACUGCUCCAGAAAUCGCCAUUCCAGAGCUGGAUGGGAAGACAGCAAAGAUGUACAGAGGUGGCAAAAUAUGUCUGACGGACCACUUCAAGCCCUUGUGGGCCCGGAACGUACCCAAAUUUGGACUGGCCCACCUUAUGGCAUUGGGGCUGGGACCCUGGUUGGCUGUGGAGAUCCCAGACCUGAUAGCCAAAGGCCUGAUCGAGCACAAGGAGAAAUGAGGGUACGUACGGCCUAUGCACGGAGAGCAGGCCUCUUUUGUCGAUGACCACAGGCCUAUAUCCAGGCCAGCGACUUGACUUGCACCUCCGUGUAUCAUUUCUGGACAGCGUGCUGCCAACCUGUAUAUCGGAUGUAUUUUGCCAAGAAUAAAAUGUGCCCCUUCCUA